AAUCUGCCAACCACCACACCAUCUUUUUCUGCUCUUUAGUAGUUGAGCUUCCUCUCUCUCUCUCUCUCUCUCUCUCUCUCUCCCCUUCCUGCCCUUUUCCUCCGCUUCCAAUGCAAUCCUCUUCCUCCUCACUCCAUGACCCAUGGCUGUCGUGAUUGCAAUGUGAAGACACGCAAGGAGAUUUUAGUGGUGUGGUUCGUCUUCUUGGAAUCAUUAAUUGCAGUACAUAGUGCGAGUCGAGAAUGGCUUCCAGAGUGCAGCAGCAGCCGACAGGCGGCAAUGAGGAGGGAGUGCGGCAGCGCGUGAAUCGCUGCAUGAUGAAGCUGUCGGACCGCGACACCGAGGCAAUGGCAGCAUCCGAGCUCGACGCCAUCGCUAAGGGGCUCACCGCCGACGCCUUUCCGCCUUUCCUCUCCGCCAUCUCCGACGCUCGCCCCACCGACAAGACGCCGCUCCGUCGCCACUCCCUCCGGCUCCUCUCCCUGCUCUCCCAUUCCCACCCUGCCUCUGCCGUCGCUCCGCAUCUCCCGCGCAUGCUCGCCGCCGCCCUCCGCCGUCUGCGCGACCCGGACUCCUCUGUCCGCGCCGCUUGCGUUGAUGCGUUCCGUUCCAUGGCCGCAGCGCACCCGCCCGCCCUUGCUGCCGUUUUUCUCCGUCCUUUGGCUGACUCCCUCCUGCACGAGCAGGACCUGUGUGCGCAGAUCUCUGCCGCGCUCUCCCUCGCCGCCGCCGUCGAUGCCGCCACAGCCUCCACCUUGGACCCCGAUCUCGCUCACCUCCUCCAGCGCCUACUUCCUCGCUUGGUGAAACUCCUCCGAAGCAACGCGUUCAAGGCGAAAGCCGCGCUGCUCUCGCUUCUGGGCAGUAUCGCCGGAGCCGGUGGCGCUGCGACUGCUCAGCUCGUCGCCCUGCUCGUCCCCUGCCUCGUGGAGUCCCUCGCCAGCGAUGACUGGACUACGAGGAAGGCUGCCGCCGAGUCUUUAUCCGUUCUUGCCCUCAGAGAGAAGGAAUUACUGAUUGGAUUUAGGUCAUCCUGCAUCACUUCUUUUGAAUCAAGGAAGUUCGACAAGGUGAAGAUUGUGAGGGAUUCCAUGAAUCGGAUGCUGGAUGUAUGGAAGGACAUUCCCGAGGCUCCUGAAAGCGAAAUCAAGUCUCAGUCGCAGCAGGCGAAUUCGUCCACCCGAGAAACGAUGGGAGAUGGACGAUUUACAACUUCGGCAGCCGCCCCUUCAAUCCAAUCGGCAAAAAGAGUUAAUUCAAGCAGAUCACCUCCACCUGCCGCCUCACCAAUUCCUACGUCCCGAAACAACGUCCCCUCCAUUAGGAACAAGAAAUUGCCCCCGCCUUUGUUUCGUAAGGCUGAACUGAAGCCCUCUAAUUGGAGCGUAGAAAUCCCGGUCACCGGUUCUCCAGUAGAAGUCGUCGAUCACAAAAGGUUUCAGAAAGAUCCGGAGCAAGGAGCACCAAAAAGCAGUGUCAAAUCCAGGUUAGAAGCACGGCGGAUGCUGUUUGAGGGAAAAUCAGAACACGAAGGGAGUAAUGUGGCUGGGCUAAAGUCAGCAUCACAUGCUCCUAAUCAGGAGACUGCCCAGUUGGAACAAACCAUGGAAGCUAGCAAGAAAGAAGAUGAUCUAAAUGCUGAACAUAAUGAUAAGGAUGGCAAUCUGACUAUGAUAAAGAUGCAGUUGAUGCAAAUAGAGAACCAGCAGUCCAAUCUGUUAGAGCUUCUCCAGAAAUUCAUUGGAAACUCACAAAAUGGCCUACAUUCACUGGAAACAAGAGUGCAUGGCCUUGAAAUAGCAUUGGAUGAGAUCUCCCAAAAUUUAGCAUUAUCUUCCGGUAGGAUGGCAAACAAUGAUCCUGCUUCAAGCGCUUGCUGCAGAUUACCUGGUACCGAAUUCCUAAGCCCGAAAUUUUGGAGGAAGACCGAAGGCAGAAACUCCACCAGGUUAUCUGUGUCAGACCUACAGAACUGCAACUACCGAGAAACUAGGAGUUCGUAUAAAUUGGAUGAGUGGAGGCAUGGAGUCCAGGGUGGCUUUGUUGUCAAUCCCUUGGCAGAGAUUAACCCUCAGUCAGUCGGGAGUUCAAAGUCUAUUCAAGUCAAAAUGCUAAAGAAUAUGACACGAGAGAAUGAGAUUACACUUGCUCAUCCAAGCAAGUAGAUGGAUAAGCAUCCUGAAACUAUAUGGGACGAUAUGGUGAGGAAAUUGACAUACAUAAUUUGGUAAGAACCUACAGAGCUAGGAUGCAGGUGUUUAAAUACCUUCAUAUUACUCUAGCUCGGGAUAUCUGAAGACAAGAUAGAGCAAAUUACUUUCCGAUAAGAGGAGCUCGAAAGAGAGCUGUUUAUCUAGAAUCGGAUAUUUUGUGGAACACUAAUGUUCCCCUUCAUUUGGACGGUCCUUAUUCUGACACCAGUGAAUGUGAUCAGCACUUCCUGACAACCUGAAAGCCAACGUCCAUGAGGUAUUGUUUGUGCUGUCUAAAAGAUAUUAUUGAUGUGAAUUGAACAGAUGAAUCCGUUCUCCUUGCAUGCUUAAUGUUUUUCUGAUGGUGAUUAAUAAAGCAACAAAGGAUCGUCUUCCCAGUG